CUCAGGCCUCGCUGGUUGGACAUGGCAUUCUCUGCGCAUUUCUUCUGAGACACCCCCCUUGGCAUUAUCUGCUGUCUGUGUUAUUUACGGGCACUGGCAUCUACGAUGGAUCCUCCAUCUAGCCUUCCUGUCCGAACGUCGGGGAUCCCUCGACCUCCGUCUCGUCUCCCAGUGCUGCGGUCCUCUGCAAGUCAAUCGCAGCUCCGGCCAGCGUCGUCGGCGGAGCAAUUGCGUAAGAAGUCAUCUUUUGUAUCCCUCUCGAAGCCCGCGCCGGCCCCCGCGGCGCUUCAGAAGAAGCCAUCGAGUACAUCCCUUGCUCCCGCAAUGCUACAGAAGAAACCGUCGAGAGCGUCUCUUGCUCACACGACUACGCCCUCAACUACCGCGUCGAAUACGAGCUUGACGCGAGCAUCCCUGACGUCAGCGAAGAGGCGUACGACUACUGUCCCGAACAACAUACAAGCCCGCACCUCGAACAACGAUGCGACCGUCUUCAAGAAACCCAUUGGCCGAGCCCCCUCCGGGCAGACCCGAGUCAAGCCUGCAGCUACUCCAUCGGCCUCCAGUGUGGGUUACCAGCAGGAUGAACUGGGAGACCUAGAAGGUUUCCGAUCUGCCUCCCGAGCAUCGUCUCGCGCAGGAUAUCGAGACAAUGAGCCCGAGCAGGCGGUCGAGAGCGAUAACGAACCGGUAAAACCACCACGGAAAGCGAGGCCGUCCUUGUCAGAUCGUACUAUCGAAAGCCUAUCACAGCUCCCAUCGUCUCCAGCGGGUAAGGGAAGGAGGAGGUCGAGCUUCUUCUCCGCAGACAACUCAAUGCCUCCCCCAGCGCGCCCUGCUUCCGCUCUGGGAAACAACCGACGGCCUAUGACGAGUGAUGGCACUCCUCAAUCGAGACUAGCAACACCAGGGAAGGCUGGUGGUCUGUCGCCGCGAGGGUCUAUGACAGCUCCAGGUAAGAGGAGCGUCAGUGCCGCUUUACUCCACAACCUAGCUUCGACCCCGAGCAAAACCCCCCCGAUUGGCCGACCAUCCUCGCAUCUUAGGAAACAACCCCUUUCUCAGAUGCAGAACGUACAGACCACCCCAAAGCCUAGACCACUGUCGAACAGCAAAACAAUGACCGCGAGGACACCGAAGGCACGCCCGUCUCUAACUGCAGCAUUUGGGAAGGCCAUAUCCCCACCGGCAUCUGUUGUUCCACUUACGCCAUCUCCGGGCAGGGAAAACUACGUUGAUAGGAGCCCGGAGUCAAGCCGCAAGGUUUCCAAUUCAUCCGCUGCCCUUCGAGAGCAGAUAGCAAAAGCAAAAGCAGCUCGACGUUCCGGGGCUUCCAAGCAGACACCAGAAAUGCCAGGGAGAUCAUCCAGUUCUUCUAGUGCCUUACGGGAACAGAUUGCGAAGGCAAAAGAAGCUGCUCGGCGUGCCAAUGCCUCCCGGCAGUUUGGAACAAGCACGCCCCCUAGAGAAGUACCGGCUGUGACGGAGAACGAAUACGGGAUUGAACCAGAUCCUGCUGAAAUAUCGCAGUUCGACUUUGGUUUAGAUGACCCAUUCAAUCAGCAUCCGAAGGGUGCCAAGGCUCUCAUCCGAAAACGGAUCGAUUCUGCCCGUGUAGAAGGACGACUCAACCUUGCUGCUAUGGGCUUAAGCAAGAUUCCUGAUGAUGUUCUGGACCUGUACAAGUAUGAUCCGAGCGACGACAACGAAAUUGCCUGGGGCGAGAUUGUUGAUCUCACUAGCAUCAUUGCCGCAGACAAUGAGCUUACAGUACUCCCAGAGGGACUAUUUCCAGACAUUGAUGUCGAAACGGUAGCUGAUGAUAGCGAUGUUGGGUCUCAAUUUGGUGGAAUUCAAACCCUCGAUCUUCAUGGCAAUAUUCUUCAGCAUUUACCCGUUGGCUUGAGGCGUCUCUCUCAGCUCUCCAAGUUGAAUCUGUCUAGGAAUAAGUUACCCAUGGAGGCCUUGGACAUCAUUUCACAAAUCACUUCCUUACGUGAGCUCAAACUUGCUGAUAAUGCCAUUAUGGGCCCAUUGCCGGCAAGCCUCCGAAAUCUUAACCAGCUAGAAGUCCUUGAAUUACAAAACAACAAGCUCACCGAAUUGCCCUCCGAAAUCCGAGAGCUCGCCCAUCUACGGUCGCUAAAUGUUUCCGACAACCAAUUGCGGCAGCUGCCAACAGAGCUCUUUACCUCAGUCCCCAUCAUCGAGCUCAUAGCAUCGAAGAACGUCUUCAGUGGCUCAUUCUUUGAUGUCGACACUGUGCCCCAUCUGCAGACACUUCAGAUCAGGAACAAUUCGAUAUCUUCUCUCUGCGAAAAUGGAACAGUGCUUCUACCUGCUCUCAAGACUCUCGAUAUCACGGCUAACCGAUUGUCUGCUCUGCCGGACAUCUCAUCUUGGACGAGCCUCACAACCCUCCUUGUUGGUGAGAACAAGUUGACAACACUUCCAGAAGGCUUCUUGUCAUUGCAGAAGCUUCGCACGGCAGAUUUUACUGCGAAUGAUUUGAUAAAGCUCGAUGAGCGGAUUGCUUGGAUGGAUGGCUUGGAGAAUUUGACAGUAACUGCGAACCCAAUUCGCGAUAGGAAGUUCCUUACCAUGAAUACUGAAGAUAUUAAGCGUGAUCUUCAAUCUCGAUUAGAUCCUAGCGAUAUUGACGCCCCAGGUGCUGAUACCAAAACCGCAGAAUUAUCAAAAGCAGUUGGCUCUGAUAGCGAUUGGACGUUGAAACCAUCUGGUACCCUUGACCUAUCAUUCAAGAACUUAACAGUGGUUGACGAGGAAUUAAUGGCAUCCUUCGCCGAAUCGAACGAUAUUCGCCAACUACACCUUCAACAGAAUUACUUGGUGGCUAUUCCCCCAGUCCUGUCCCAGAUCAAUCUUCUCACGGUACUUGACUUGUCGAAGAACGGUAUCACAAAACCUCUCACGGAAACACUUCAGCUACCCAAGUUGCGAGAACUUCGUUUGAUGGGAAACAAACUUCGGACACUCAACCAUCUCAUGGAAUUCCUCUCGGCACCAUAUCUUCAACAUCUUGAUGUUUCUAACAACCACAUUUCCGGUCCUCUUCCGAUCCUUCGAGAAGCCUUCCCGGGCCUUCUUCUUCUCAUGGCUUCUGAUAAUGUCAUUUCUGAGGUUUCAGCAGAAUCGUUGGACGGGCUCAAGAUUGUCAACCUCAGUAACAACGAAAUCUCUCGUCUUGAGCCUCGCAUCGGACUUUUGGCAGGCACUUUGACCGGCUUAGACGUGGAAGGGAACAAGUUUCGGGUUCCUAGUUACACCAUUCUAAAAAAGGGGACAGAUGCCGUAUUGAAAUGGCUCAGGGAUAAGAUCCCAUCUCCUAUAGAGGAGUUGUAAAGUCUCUAUUCUUCCUUUGUAUAACAUCUUUUGAAUGACUUUGUCCGAAGAUUGAUUUGGAUUGCGCCGGUGUUAGGACGUGUUUUCUUAGGUUGGCUGCCUAGUAUGAAGAUACCGAUUCUCUGUGUUCUCGUUGUUAGGGAGCGCCUAGGGGCUUAGGAUUCGGUGGCAGGCGAUUACGGC